AUGGGGAUCCUCCUUUUCCUCCUCCUCCUCGGCGCGACCCCCGCGCGGGGGUCCCGUCGCAUCGUGGGGGGCUCGGAGUGUCCCCGGGGGUCGCACCCGGCCCUGGUGGCGCUUUUCCAGUUCGACCAGUUCGUGUGCGGGGGGGUCCUGCUGACCCCCCAGUGGGUGCUGAGCGCGGCCCACUGCGCCACCAGCCCCCUGCAGGUGCAGGCGGGGGGGCACAGCCUCUCGCAGCCCUCGGGGCACGAACAGUUCGCGGCGGUGGCGGAGCUGGUGCCGCACCCGGAAUUCCAGGGGGGAGGAGAUCCCGGAUUCCAGAGGGACGGAGAUCCCGGAUUCCAGAACCGAUCCCACGACCUGCUGCUCCUGCGGGUGGAGCCCCCCUUCACCUGGACCCCCCUGGUGCAGCCCCUCCCCCUCCCCGAGGACCCUCCAGACCCCGGAGAGAACUGCACGGCCAUGGGCUGGGGGAGCACGGGGGGGGAGCUGGACUCGUACCCGGACGUCCCUCAGUGUGUCACUGUGGCCGUGCUGGGUGACACCGAGUGCCAGGUGUCCUACGGGCCGCAGGUGACCGAGGACAUGCUCUGUGCCGGCGUCCCCGAGGGCGGCAAGGACUCCUGCCAGGGUGACUCCGGGGGUCCCCUCGUGUGCCAGGGGCUCCUCCAGGGCAUCGUGUCCUGGGGGGAACACCCCUGUGGGCAGCCGGGGCGCCCGGGGGUCUACGCCAGCGUCCAGUGGCACCUCCAGUGGAUCCUGGGGGUCAUCGGGGGGGCAGAGACCCCCUGACCCCCCCAAAAAAACCCUGACCCCCCCCAAACCCACCCUGGGACCCCCCGACCCUCCUGAGACCAACCAGGACCUUCUGAGACCAACCAGGACCUGGGCUGGACCAGGGGAGGCAUCGGGGGGGGGGGACAGAAACCCCCCAGGGGACCUCCGAGACCCCCUGACCCCCCCCGAAAAAAAUCUGGGACCCUCUGACCCCUCUGACCCCACCCUGGGACCCCCUGACCAUUCUGGGAUCAGCCAGGACCUCCUGAGACCAACCAGGACCUGGGCUGGACCCGGGGGGAUCGGGAGGGGGCAGAGACCCCCCCAGGGGAUCUCCGAGACCUCCUGACCCCCCCCAAAAAGUACCC